CCCCAACGGGCCGAAUGCGUGGCAGAAAAAGAUCUUUCAAACUUGGCGGCGCGGGUAGUGGUUGAGCAGGCGUGGUUGAGCAGGCCGAGAAACGGAGCGCGGGAGGUUCCCCUGUAGAUUCGGGUAAACCACGGGCAUUCGGGUAAGAUACCGGGAUGGGCCCGAGACCCGUCGAAUCCAAUCCAAUCCCGCUUUGAUGCCGGCCACAGCUCGACCACCAUCCCACCCUCCCACGACCCCGCCGAGCUCCCCAAAGUCGCCCCCCCGGAGGAGGCCACGAGAUGCCUCCUCAUAUCGCCCUGCGGGCGUUUGCCCGUCCAAUGGCGAGCAGGCUUUCUGAACCUCUUCGCUCCUCGAUCGGGGCAACUCCAAGGACACCAAUACCACACAGACUCUCUACUCGACUCUCUCGAUUGCCCUCCGGCUUGAGCCGAAGCCCAAUCUGCCCCAGCUGCACCCUCCAGCCCGGACUGCGAGCCUAUUCGACCAACCCCCCACCGAGUAAACCCACAGACGACAACCCCAGCAGCAGCAGCAGCAGCCAUGACAACAAAACCGACAGCCCAGACCGCUCCUCCUCCUCCCCAGCCCAACCACAUGACCAAACCCCCCCACGCGCCGCAGACAACCGCCCGGACCCCGCCCUCCCGUCCACAGCCGAGUCCUCGCGCCACGCCCUCUCCGCCCGCUUCAGCACCUUCAUGGACAACCUGCAGUCCCGCGUCUUCGUCGCGAGCCAGACGCUCAACGACCUGACGGGCUACAGCGCGAUCGAGGCGAUCAAGGCCGAGAACUCGGCGCUCGAGCGGCGCCUCGAGGCGGCGCAGGCGCGCCUGCACGCCGCGCGCCAGUCGUACAAGGACCUGACCUCCCGCCGGGCCUCGACGCAGCGCGAAGUGACGACGCUGCUCGCGCGCAAGGACUCGUGGGCGCCCGGCGACCUGGAGCGGUUCACGGCGCUGUACCGUCUGGACCACGAGCUCGAGGCCGGGGUGUCGGCCGCGGCGGCGGAGCUCACCGAGGCCGAGGCGGACGAGGACCGCCUGUCGGCGUCGCUCAACGCGGGGAUCCUGCGGCGGUACCACGAGGAGCAGAUCUGGAGCGACCGGAUCCGCCGCCAGAGCACGUGGGGCACUUGGGGCCUGAUGGGCGUCAACGUCCUGCUGUUCCUGGGCCUGCAGUUUGUCGCCGAGCCGUGGCGCCGGCGGAGGCUCGUCAAGGGCAUCGCCGAGGGCGAGAGGGGCGUGCUGGACGAGCUGCGGCAGGAGGUCGCGACGCUGAGGACCGUGCUGGCUGAGAGGGUCAUUGCUCCCGGCGGAGGCGACGUCCAGUCGUCCGAACCCGUUCCCGUCGCUACCCUGGACUCGCCUGCGGGCCUAGACGACGUGGUGGCGCUACCCGAGAUGGCCCGCCUCGGCGGCGAGCAGCCCGCGCCAUCGUGGAAGGAGGUGCUUUCGGAUCCCGAACGGUGGCGGCCGGCGUUGCGUGACUUGUACAGCGAGCGGAGGAUAGACUUGCGGAUGAGGGAUGCCACCGUCAUCGCGAUGGAAGGUGCCGCAGCCGGGGCGCUGGUCGCGGCGGGGGUCGUCUUCAUGUUACUUAGGAGGACAUAGCCAUGAGAAAUAUGGCCAGAGCCGAUGUCUAUACUGUAAAUAGAAUAGAACCUGUUACAUACCUGGUAUCGAAACUGUAGAACUGCA